AUGACAACCUCCUCCGCCUCACACAUCCUCAAGUCCCCCCUGAUCAUCUUCGUGAUGGGCGGCCCAGGUUGUGGCAAAGGGACACAGUGCAAGAACAUGGCGACCAAAUAUGGCUUCUGCCAUGUGGGGCUGGGCCAGCUGCUGCGGCAGGAGGCCCAACGCAGCACCCAGCAGGGCUGGAAGAUCCAUGACAUCAUGCUGCAGGGGCUCCUGGUGCCCAUGGGCAUCAUCCUAGACAUGAUCAGCAACGCCAUGUUAUCUCGCCCGGAGAGCCGGGGCUUCCUCAUUGACGGCUUCCCGCGGGAGCUGAGGCAGGCAAAGGAGUUUGAGCGCAUUGUGGGCCGGGCCCCAGACAUCGUCAUCAUGUUUGACUGCUCCAUGGACACGAUGGUUCGGAGAGCGCUGCGCCAGGGCCGCAUAGAGCACCGGGCAGAUGACUGUGAGUCGGCCAUCCGCCAGCGCCUGGAGACGUACUACACGCUGUGUGAGCCAGUCUUGACCUUCUAUCAGCAGAAGAACCUGCUCUGUAAUAUCUUGGCAGAAGCAGCUCCAGAAAACAUUUUUGCUAAGUGCUGUUCUGUCAUUGAAAGCCUGCAGUGA